UGAAAGGAUGGUGUCCGUAACAAUCGAUCCGAUUUGUUACCAUGACCAAUUCCUAUGGAAAUCUUUCACUCAGCAUGACGUAGUUGAAACGCAGGAUCUCGAUAUGUGCCCUUAUUUCACACCAACAUUAAUAAAUACACCUGAUGCCAAGGUCCACGUGACGUGCGCCGAUUUCGCGGGGAAUCACGGUUUGCUUGGCCUAAGCUCUGGAAAACUUAUGACUUAUACGUGUGGAACUCAAAAAUUCACAGUAGUUUCUUCGUCCCUAAGCUUUUAUGAAAAAGCAUCUAUUAAAAAAGUCAUGUUAAGUCCGUCUGGCCUAUACGGCCUUGUAUGUUUCAGUACUGGGGAUACCGGGCUUGUGGUUGUUCAAAGUGCGGCAUGUGAAGUGUUACCGUCGCUUAAAACAGUGAUGAUUAGCUGUGCUGCCUGGGUGGAAAAUGGUUACAUGAAAGAUAAUGCAGCAAUUGAAGUUCUUUUGGGGACUGAGGAUGGUGCAUUAUAUAGUGCUUUAAUACACAAAGGAAAAGGCUGUGUUGUUCAAUUACUUUUACCUUUUUACCCAGGUGUACGAAUCGAUUGUGUACAAUUGUUAACAAGAAGCGUAUUUCAAAACGUUUCUAGGGAAGAGAACGAUGCACUUUGCUUUACAAAUAUCCGAAAUGUUGAUACUGUGGAAGAAAAAAAUAACGAGACUUUAAAAACAAAUAGUCUUCUUUUUCAUUGUAUUUUCAUUGCUUCCAAUGGUCAAUUAUUAAAGUUUUCUGGAUAUGGUGAAGUGAAGCAAAUUUUUGCUCGCGUUUGUGGCAAUACCAAGGCUAAUGACAGUGCAUUUCUAUCACGGGAUCUUGGAGUCUUAUCAAAAGUUCUUUUGCGUCGGGUGUGGGAACAAGAUAAUUGCUUACCAGAACUGGAUAAUUAUAUCAUUUAUGAGGCUCCCAAAUUAAGAGGCAUGUCGAAUAUAUGGAUAAGAGUAACAGAUAGUCUGAAUCCAAAGACACUUGUUGAGAGUAGAAUGGCAUCAACACCAGUCAAUGUUUUUGGUCGCCAAGAAGUCGUCCCUUACUCCAAUCAUGACUCUGUUGUCGUGUGGAUGUUAUUAAAAUCAGGUGUCAUGGUUACAAAGUUAAUUCCUGUGAUUUCAAAAGAAGUACGGCUAGUGGAGGAGAAGUGUGAUAUCCAAUCAAGUGACCCCAUAUCUCAUCCGUGUAAGGUCAUGGUCAACGCUAUUUCAAAUUACAGAAUGGCAUGCCCAGUAUUUCUUCCUUUCAUUUAUUUAAAAAAAAAAAAUAUUAUAAACAUUGAAAAGUCAGCAAGAAAAUUUUUUGUGAAAAAAAAAAAACAUACCGAGUUUAAAUUGCAAAAUAACUCUAUUCAAAAUAUGGGCAGUUCACAUAAAAACGCGACAUGGACAUUUGAAACAUCGUCACAGGCCUGUGUUGGUUUUGCGAUAACCAAAUAUCAUCUUUUGUUAUUGUUUGAAACCUAUUUAAUUGUGGUUUCUCGUUUAACAUAUCUUCAAGUACAGUAUAUUCCGUUUCCGUUAGUUCAGUAUGGUAAAAUAUUAACAUUGAUACCCAAUCUUAUGUCAGAUACUACCUACUUAUUAACGGAACGUUAUCUUUAUGAACUUGUUCCUCAACGUGAAACAAAUACUGUUUGGUUGCAUUAUAUGCUUUGUGAAGAUAUUGGCUCGGCUUUUAAAUAUCCGCCAGACUCCCUUGCUGAUUUUGAGAUAGUUUACACUAUGUACUUGAAAGCAUUACUCCGAGAACAAAAGUGGAAACGGGCUACAGAGAUCACGCUAUAUUCCAGAAAAUCAUUGGAAGAUUUUAUUCUUAGAGUGUUGAAAUACAAACCAGAUCCCCACGUCAUUUGCACUAUUGUAAUGACACUGGCGUCCACCCUGAGGAAAUUUUAUAAAAAAAAAACUCUUUUACAUUCGAAUUCUUCGAACAACCAAAAACAAAUUUCUAAGGUUCUUGAAACACGAUAUCUUGUCACGACGCAAGUAUGGGAAUUAAUGGAGUUGAUUCAUAAUAUCAAUCAAUUGGAAUUGGACAUUGAAAGAAUAAAGCAAUACCAGAAAAACAACGUUUUACAAAAUGAAACUGAUUCACCCCACUUUAUAAGCAAAACUUGGAAUUCCCUCAACGUACAAAAUCAUAAACGGAUUCCAACUUUUUUGACUCAAAGCAUAGCGUAUCGAAAAAGCCUUUUGCAUCAUACCAAUCGUGUUCUUGAAACUCUUAAUGAUAACUGUAGUUUAUUAAAGGGAGGUUAUAUUAUUCUGGCAAUGUGCGAAUAUCUUGGUCGAGCUAUUGAAAAAAUAACGUGGUCAACUUUAACAGGAAAUCGUGAGAUGCAAGUCGUGGAAUAUAUUUUUCAGGAUAAUUACAAAUCUGCUUUAACCCAUUUAGCAAAGGAUUUAUCAGUUGGCACGAGUAAAUUGGAUCAAGGUCUUUGUAGUAAUUCCAACCGUGAAUCUUUAAUGGAUCAGCAAAUUUAUCUUAUUGGAAAAUAUGGUCCCAUACUAUUUCUCAGAGAACCGUCACUCUUCUCUUCUUUUCUUUGUAAUGAUGAACCAUUUAGGACAACAAGAAACUCUUUUUAUGACUGUUUGCAAAAAAGACUUACAAACCAUGCGGAGUUUUUAUCGAUUUUCUUACCAAUAUUUCUUGGAGCAGUGAAUCGAAAAUCAUACCAGUACACAACGAUUCAUGUAAAUGAAGCAUUAAGAGUGGUUCAAAGUUUUGGCCGAUUACUCAAGCUGGAACAUUGUUAUGAAAAAGACCAAUUUAAUGCAAAAAUCAAUCAUUUUCAUAUCAACCACGCUCAUUCCUCGCAUUGGAGUGGUGUCACUGGAUUUCAGAAUUUACAACUUGCCUUGUUAACUUGUUUGCCGUGCGACACUGAAAAAGAAAUCAUCAAUUUUAUGACUCGCGUAACGCUAGCUGUUUCAGUCAAUCAUGAGAACAUACAAUUUGACUUCCCUUUUAGUUUACGUUUUUGCGUAGAGAAGAAUAAAAUUGAGGCUGUUAUUUCUCUAAUGACAGCAAUGCAAAUGUAUUCUAAUGCUGUGAGCGUCGCUUUGGCAAUAAAGAAAGUUGACAUUGCCACCUAUGUUGUCAAUUCUAUAAAGGAUCCAUGGUUUUUGCCUUUGAAAAAACGUUUAUUUAAAAAAAUUUUAAAGACAUCUUUAUCUACAGUGAAUGGUCCUCAACAUUUUGAACUUGUUAACAAAGCUAACGACAGUUUUGAUCUUUAUAGUUAUUUAGAAUGCUUUUCGGAUGCUUCUACUAUAGCUGCUUAUAAGGAUUCUCUCUUUAAAGAGUUUGAUUUAUGUGAAAAACGUAUCCGAGAAAAACAAGUUUCAAUUCAAAAAACACAAAAAGCAAUUCAAUCUCUAAAAAAUUCUUUUCAAAAACAGAAAAAUCGUCCGCUGGAAACGUUUUUAACAAAAAAAACCCUUUGCUUUGCCUGCCAGCUACCCGCAAUGUGUGAUCUCUUUUACGUCUUCCCCUGUACACACGUUCUUCAUUCUGUCUGUGCCCAUCAAUUAAAAUUUCCGCUUAUGACUUCAAAGGUAUCGGAAGAAUACCAGCAUGCUCUCUUAUCUUUAAAUCACGCUCGCAUGCAACUUGCGGAAAGCGUUCAAAAAAAAACUGAAACAAUCGACAAACCGAGUGUCAAUAGGGAUUUGACAAUAAAUAUUCAUCAAGUGGAUCCAUCCAAGCUUCGUGAUGCACAAGAGCGUGUUGACAGUUUUUUAGCCAACGAAUGCCCUUUAUGCGGUGAUUGGUUGGUGCAAACUGUUUUAAUUCCCUUUGUUCCUCUGGAAGAAAAUGUACCUCCUACUACCCCCAAAACACAGCAUGAUGUCGUCAUUUGGGAUAAUAUCAGUAGCUGGGCGAUACAAGAUCAUUUGACCUUAAAAACUCAAGACACACAAAAUUUAAGGGUGCCAAACAGUACCUAACUUUUUUAAUGUUAGUAUAGAAAAACCUUUUAUAUAAAUAUCUCAAUAAUUAUUAACAAGGAUUCUUAAUAUAAAAAAACAAGUGUUUUCCUGUGGCGUCUUUUGUUACAAGAAAAAAACAGUCCAUAUUAUCUAAGACAGAUUAUUGAAGUAACAGAUAUUCACAUGUCUUUGGGGCUUUACAGACGGACGUCAAAAGCUGUAGAGAACAUGUGAGUCUCCAAUAAAAGUUGUACUUAAUGAAGGUUGUUGGUAAAAAAGUAGUCUAUCGUGUAAACUUUGAAAUUUUUUUUUUAAAACAAUUAACACCAUUGGCGAACUAUGCUCUAAAGUAUGUUAUUUUGAACGGAAUUCCAAGGCAUACAAUACCU